AUGUCGAGCUCAGAGAUAAAUCAGGUGCUCGCCAACUCGCUGUCUCCGGACGCGAACUUGCGAAAUGCCGCCGAACAGCAGCUUAGCCAAGCGGCCGAGAGCAACUUUCCGCUCUACCUCGCAACGCUUGUCCAAGAACUUGCCAACGAUCAAGCAGAUAGCUCCAUCCGAGCCGCCGCCGGCCUGGCCCUGAAAAAUGCCUUCACGACUAGGCACUUUGGUCGUCAUCAAGAGCUGCAGGCUAAAUGGCUGCAACAGACGGACGACGAAACAAAGAACCGCGUCAAGGAGCUGACGCUGCAGACCUUGUCGUCGUCUAGCGCACAGGCGGGUAACGCCGCCGCCCAGGUCAUCUCCUCCAUCGCCGCCAUCGAGCUCCCUCGUCAGCAGUGGACCGACCUGAUGCCGUUCCUGGUGAAAAAUGUCAGCGAGGGCGCAGAUCACCAAAAGCAAGCCUCCCUCACCACCAUCGGCUACAUUUGCGAGACCCAAGACUCGGAGCUGCGCUUAGCUCUCGUGUCCCACUCCAACGCCAUCCUGACGGCCGUGGUGCAGGGCGCCCGCAAGGAAGAGGCCAACAUUGAGGUCCGGCUCGCCGCCAUCACGGCCCUAGGCGACUCUCUCGAGUUUGUGGGCAACAAUUUCAAGCACGAGGGCGAGCGAAACUACAUUAUGCAGGUUGUCUGCGAGGCGACGCAGGCCGACGACUCUCGCAUCCAGCAGGGCGCCUUUGGCUGUCUCAACCGCAUCAUGGCCCUCUACUACGACAACAUGCGCUACUACAUGGAGAAAGCCCUCUUUGGCCUGACCAUCCUGGGCAUGAAGUCUGACGACGAGGACGUCGCCAAGCUCGCCGUCGAGUUCUGGUGCACCGUCUGCGAGGAGGAGCUGUCCAUCGAGGACGACAACGCCCAGGUGGAGAGCGCCGACCAGAUGCGUCCCUUUUUCAACUUCGCUCGGGUCGCCGCGAAUGAGGUGGUGCCGGUGCUGUUGACGCUUCUGACCAAGCAGGACGAGGACGCCGCCGACGACGAGUACAACCUGUCCCGCGCCGCCUACCAGUGUCUGCAGCUCUACUCGCAGGCCGUUGGUGCUAGCAUCAUCGCCCCAGUGCUGCAGUUUGUUGAGACGAACCUGCGUGGAGAAGACUGGCAUGAGCGCGACGCGGCCGUCUCGGCUUUCGGCGCCAUUAUGGAAGGUCCCGAUGAGAAGGUCCUGGAUCCCAUUGUCAAGCAGGCUCUUCCUAUUCUCAUUACCAUGAUGGACGACCAGUCCCUCCAGGUCAGAGACUCGACGGCAUACGCCCUGGGCCGCGUUACGGAGGCGUGUUCAGAGGCCAUUGAUCCCGCUCAACACCUGCCCACGCUGAUCGAAUCCCUGUUCAAGGGCCUGCUCAGCAAUGCCAAGAUGGUCCCCUCGUGUUGCUGGGCCCUCAUGAACCUCGCCGAGCGCUUCGCCAGCGACGCUGGCUCUGCCUCGAACCCCAUCACCCCUCACUUCAACCAGGCUGUCAGCUCGCUGCUCGACGUGACGGCUCGCCAGGAUGCCGACACCUCGGUCCGGACCGCCGCGUACGAGGUCCUCAAUGUCUUCGUCCAGAACGCGGCCACCGACAGCUUGCAAGCGAUCGCGUCGCUCUCUGAGGUCAUUCUCAAGCGACUUGAGGAGACUGUUCCCCUGCAGUCGCAGGUCGUCAGCGUCGAGGACAAGAUAACUCUAGAGGAGAUGCAGAAUAGUCUGUGCACCGUCCUGCAGGCCAUUAUCCUGCGCCUUGACAAGGAGAUUGCCCCCCAGGGAGACCACAUCAUGCAGGUAUUGCUCCAGCUCCUCAGCAUCGUGGGCGGCAAGUCGAGCGUUCCCGAGGCCGUCUUCGCCACCAUCAGCGCCCUGUCCACCUCGAUUGAGGAGGACUUCAUCAAGUACAUGGACGCGUUUGCACCCUUUCUCUAUAAUGCCCUCGGCAAUCAAGAGGAGCCCAGCCUGUGCUCGAUGGGCAUUGGCCUCGUCAGCGAUCUCACGAGGUCGAUGGGCGAGCGCAGCCAGCCUUAUUGUGAUGACUUCAUGAACUACCUGCUCAACAACUUAAGGAGCACCACGCUCGCGAACCAGUUCAAGCCUGCCAUCUUGCAGUGCUUUGGCGACAUUGCCGGCGCCAUCGGUGGGCAUUUUGAGGCGUACUUGUCGGUUGUGGCCCAAGUCUUGGAGCAGGCGUCGACGGUCACGGCAACGCCCGAUGGGCCCUACGAGAUGUUCGACUACGUCGUUUCGCUCCGGGAAGGCAUCAUGGAUGCUUGGGGUGGCAUUAUUGGUGCCAUGAAGGCCAGCGGCAAGACUCAAACCCUCCAGCAAUUCGUGCCCGCCAUCUUCAACCUUCUCGGUCAAAUUGCCGGCGACAUGAACCGCAGCGAGUCCCUGAUGCGCGCGUCCAUGGGUGUCGUUGGUGACCUGGCCGAUGCCUAUCCCAAUGGCGAGCUGGUGGACAGCUUCUUCCGACAGGACUGGCUCACCACGAUGAUCAAGGAGACAAAGACCAACCGCGAAUUCCAGCCUCGGACCAUCGAGACAGCUCGCUGGGCUCGCGAGCAGGUUAAGCGCCAACUGGGCGGCGCUCAGACUGUCAUGGCCCAGACCUGA